AUGGAGACGUGCCAUUCGGACCUCAGGAAAUUCUGCGAGUCGCCGCAGGUCGUGGACCUGGACCUCGUCAAGAGGCUGAUGUGGACCCUGCUUCUCGGGCUCACGUACCUGCACUCCGCCUGCGUGUGGCACCGGGACCUGAAGCCCGGAAACUGCCUGCUGACGGAGCAGUGGUCCGUCAAGAUCGCCGACUUCGGCCUCGCCCGCGCCGUCGGCCGCACCCAGCAGUUCCACCAGCGUGGCCCCGAGGGCCACGCGACGCUCUACAACCGGGAGGGCAACUCGGGCCUGCGGCGCGACCUCACGCGGCAGGUCGGCACGAGGGUGUACCGCGCGCCCGAGAUGAUCCUGCGGCAGAGGAGGUACAGCGAGAUGGUGGACGUCUGGUCGGCGGGCUGCGUCUACGGCGAGCUGCUCUGGACGGCGGCGGGCGCGGAGGGGCGUGGCCGGCGGGGGCACACGCUCUUCCACGGGGGAGCCUGCUGCCCGAGGCCGGACGAGUGCCGCGCCGCGCAGGGGUGGGACCCCUCCAAGGACCUCCUGAGCAGCGUGUUCGACCUGAUAGGUACGCCCUCGGAGGAGAGGAGGUGCAGCGGACCGAGGACGAGAGGGCCAGGGAGUACCUGCGCAGCUUCCAGCCGCGCGAGGGCCGCGGCUUCCAGGCGGAGUUUCCGCACGCGGACAAGGAUGGGGAAGGCUCCGUCGAGCUCCUGCGGCGCUCGCUGUGCUUCGACCCCGACGCGCGGCUCACGGCGCGGGAGCUGCUGCGCCACAGACCGGGAUAUUUGA